ACAAUUUAUUUAGUCUUUCCAGGUAUUGUCUGUCUGGAAUCCUAAUGACCCUAUGUGACAUGGAAACCCCCACGGGCAACAAAGUGGAAGCUUUUCCUUGAAUUAGGUUCCAGUUCUUUGGGAAAGGGAUAACUGGGGAGGAGGAGAGAGUAUAAAUUGCAGCAGCUCCUUGCCUGAGCUCAGAGCUGAGCUCUCCCAAAGAGGCAGAGCAGCAUCCUGCAAGGAAGAGCCCUCCCAGAGCCACCAUGCUCACUGCAAGGACAGUCCUGCUGCUGGCUGGGCUCCUCACCCUCUCACCACACUCCCAUGAAGCCCCUUACAGUCCAGCCGAGUGCUGCUUCGACUACAUCAAGGGCGUCCUCCGGCUGGACUACCUGCUGGGCUCCUACUCCACCCCUAGGGAAUGUUAUUUCCCAGCAACUGUGUUUGAGACCAAGAAAGGAGCCAAGAUCUGCGCAAACCCCGAGGAGAAGUGGGUGAAGAGAGCAGUUAAAAUGCUUCAAAAAAAGAAAGAACUUCAUGGCCCAUGAUGUAGAGGGGGUGCCCUGGUUCAGGCUGCCCAACACCCUGCUGGAAGGAGGGUUUGCAGUGCCCCUCAGAAGGGGUUAAGGAUGUUCAGCUCCUGGGAGAGGGCACCUACUCCCCAGGGCCCUGAGCUGCAUCCACAGCUGGGCACCAGCUCCUGGAGUGCUGCUGGCCCAGCCUGCACCUUC